UUGUUGGUUUCAUGAUCCAUAGAAUGCCGCGAUAUAUGGCAGAAUGAAGAGCUGAAGCGCUUGGAGUAUCGAGACAGUACUAACCUACAGUUACGGAGGAUGAUCGGUUAAGACGACCAUUGUCUGGUAGGGAGUAUAUGAUAAAGUUUCAUCCAGAGUCUAUGGACUUUCCUUUGGGAAAGAAACGUUUUAUACCUGAAGUUGAUGAGGAGCCGCUUGUUGAUGCAUGUGCUAUGGACUAUAUCUGGCCUCCCUUGGUCACUACCGAAUUUGAGGGCCCAAUUGUAGCUCAAAUUGUACAGCAACUCAACAUCGGCGCCAACUCUCUCGAUGACCAAGCUAUUAAGAUCCUGGUCGACAACUUCUUGACAACAGAAAGCUCGAACAUCUCUCUUCUUGACAAGGCAACUAACAUUCCUCACUUUCAAGAGAUUCUACUGCCUACAAUUUGCAACAGAUCAGAAUCAGAGGAGCUUGAUAAUCCAGAAGCACUUGGCAGUCUCCUGGGAAUCGCUUUUACCGGACAACAACACCUAGACUGGGUUUUGCUCAAAGAAUUGACCACUGAUGCUAUCGCAGUAGCAUUGAACACAGGAAACCUGAACGACGCACAAUCCAUCAGUCUCUGCAUUGACACCAUCAAGGGUACGCCCGCGCAACUCAUCGAAGCUUUAUCCAAAUCUAAAAGUUUCUGCGAACUGUUCUUUCUCCAAGAACCUGACAGAAAAAGCGACGAUCGAAGUAGAGAAAUGUUCCUCGCGCUAGCAGCAACUUCCCAUACUCACCUCCACAAAUGCAAGAUCAUGCUAACUGGAGCCGGCCUCGUUCGCUUCCGUUAGCUCGCUUGCUGGAAAUAGGAUAGGAUAGGUAGAGAGGAGUGCAGAGAGCAGGAAAUUGCAAAGAACAGAAAAAUGAAUAAUAUAAAAAACAAAGGUUGAGUGAGUGGCUCUGCAGAACAAAUGCAGCGGAAAACGGUAGAUGGUUCAUUGGGCAGGUAGGUAGGUAGGUAGGUAUUCUCGACUCCCUAUUCUUUUUUCAAGCCCUGGGAAGCGAAGCAUGCAAGUAUGUAAAUUUAAAAGUAAACUACAAAAGAAAGAUAAACCAAACCUCCCCUUCUAACUCUGCCAAACUCCCGCCACACUCUCCCCCAUCGCCCCACACCCAGCGGGCACCGUCAACGUGUGAUUCGGAUCCGCCUCC